UUUUUGGUUGCUGUUCUGUCACUUGUCUGUCUGGCGUCAGUUUCUUUGUACAUUGCAGGCAGAGAGCCCUGUGUCAGGAUCUCCCUGGCCGUGUGCAGCUCGGAGUGUUUUUGGUGACAAGGUACGCUUUAGUAUCCAGAACUGGGAAGCAGUAAUGGCAACAUCUCAGAACACCAACAAUGAACAAGUUGUUCCAGGAGAUAAUGAUCAACAAGAUGUUCUGUCUGUACAGGCCCGAUAUCUUCGCAGUCCAUCUCCAAGCAGAUUUUCCAUUAUGUCAGAUACAGACACAGAGAGCAUCUUCAUGGAGCCCAUCCAUCUCUCUCCUGCAGUUGCUGCAGCCAAGAUAAUUAAUGAAGAAUUGAAACUCAAAGAAAUAAAGGUUGAGCCAAUGUCACCAAAAAUGAUGGAAUCAGCUGAGCAGCUACUGGUGGAAGAUCUUUAUAAUCGGGUGAAAGUAAAAUUUGAUGACACCAGCAAAUUCAACACUCCUUGCAUCAUGGACAUUCAGCGUGCACUGAUGCACAAGAUGGAGGCCCCCAGAGAACUAAUGGAUGAGGUGUGGCCAAAUGUCUUCAUAGCUGAAAAGGGUGCAACUGUGAAUAAGGUUCGAUUGAAACGGUUAGGUAUAACUCACAUCCUUAAUGCUGCCCACGGUACAGGUGUGUAUACCAAGACAGACUUUUAUGCAGGAAUGGAAAUUCAAUACCUUGGAAUUGAAGCUGAUGACUUUCCUGACUUUGACCUAUCCAAACAUUUCCGUAAAGCUGCAGAGUUUAUGGAUGAAGCACUUCUGACAUACAGAGGUAAAGUUUUAGUUUGCAGUGUCAUGGGAGUCAGUCGAUCAGCAGCCCUGGUGACAGCCUACCUUAUGAUUUUCCACCAUAUGACAAUCAUGGAGGCUUUGAUGACUCUACGUAAAAAACGUCCAAUCUUCCCAAAUGAAGGAUUCUUGAUGCAGCUUAGGGAAUUAAAUGAAAACCUUUUGGAUGAGCGUGGUCAAUGUGAUUUUGAUGAUGACGAUGAUGAGACUCUAAGCCAAUGCUCUGUCAUAGAAGCAAAAGCCCAUUCUGUUUCUGUGGCUGAAGAGGAGGCACAGAGCAUCAUGGGAGCUAAGGCACAUUCUAUCAUCGUGGAAGAGGAGGACACAGCCAGCUUAAUUGCUAAUAGUUUAAUGAGCUCUGUAGCAAAAUCAAGUGUUGCUUCCAAAAGGCCAUCAUUAAUUGAUGAAGCCGAAGAGGAAAGGAUUUAUGAAGAGUGGAGAGCAAAACAAGGUAUGGCACCAAAAGAACGAACCAAAAAACCAAGAGAGGAUAGAUCCAAACUUCCUGAAGAUUUUGAGGAAGCAAAUAAUGUGGAUUGGCUAAUUAGGGAAUGGCAAAGCAGAAAUGAAAAAUUUCAGUUGGAUCCAGUUUGGCAGCUUGAACAACUGAGCAAUAAUGGAGAAGGUAGAGAAUCCGUUAUUGCAGGAAGUAGUCAAUAUCUUGCCAGUAAGCAAGAUGACUCGGCAAGUGUUGGUAGUCUUGACAGUGAGCUUCUUCAACAACGUUUGGAGGAGUAUUUAAAUAAGCCAAGGAGAACUCGAAAUGACUCCUUGUCCACUGAAGCUAGCACAUGGGAUAUGUGGGAUGAACGAUUGCUUGAGAUCAGCAAGAAAGCCACAAGAGGUGAUGAUAGCCAUAGCAUUGCUUCUUUUAACUAUGGUGAAAAAAGGAGAGACCCAGAUGAAGAAAAUUCUGUAUUGUCAGAAACUAGUUCUAUGUUCAACUUCUGCAAGAAGAACAAAGACAAUCUGACCCCUUUAGAAAGGUGGCGUGUCAAACGGAUACAAUUUGGAUGGAAUAAAAAGGAUUCCAAAGCAGAUGAUGAGAACACCCCUGAUGAAAGUGAGGAGGGAAAGAAAAGAGAACAAAAAUCACUUGCUGAUGUCAACCUGACUGCUUAUCAAAGCUGGAAGUUGAAACAUCAGAAAAAGCUGGGCAAUGAAAAUAAAAAUGAGAUAAUAAAUUUGGCAAAAGAUGAAGAUAUUACAUCCAACAGAACUAAGCAAAGGCGUGCUGAGGUCUUGGAACGUUCUAAACGAACAUUGGAAGAGAGUAAAUCCUUAUCUGAGUAUGAGACAGAGAGUUCUAUGAGUGAAAGCAUUCCACUAUCUAUUUUUGGGUGCAGAAUGUCCAAUAGAAGUGUAAGUGAUGAUGCUGCUUCUAUAUUAAGCAUGCAGAGUAGUGGAACAUCAAUGUUCAGAGCAAGAACUGCCUCAGCCACUGCAGUCCCUAUGCCACCAUUGCAAGUAAAUGCUGAUGCUACUGUUUCACUUUCCAGUAUUCAGGAUUGGAUUGCUUCUGUGGUUAAUGAGCAAAUUGCACUAAAGCAAAAUGAGAUCAUUGGUGCUGUCCCAAUAGACAAAAACCUCCAACAAGGAGCUACUUCAAGAUGUAUAGACGAUGACAAAAUGUCACUUCUCAGCAUGCAGUCUGGAAAAGCCUGUGCUGGUUCCCUGCUGGGGCCUAAAACAGUUCACAGCACAGAUGCUCAGUCUGUCUUGUCAUGCAGCAACCUGUCUAGCUUCAAGUCUGAAGGGUUCAACUCAACAGAGAAGAUCACAAAAACAAGCAAACCACUUUAUAGCUUGUUUGCAGAUGAAGUUAAUUUUAAAAUGUUAGACUGCAAGAACAAAGAAAUUAAAAGCGAAAUGAAAGAUAAAAUGGAUGCAUAUCAAAAAGAAAAGGUUGUGUUUGACAAUAAACGGAGCACAAUGUUUAAAAAGAAGAAGAAAGAUGAAAGUGAAAAUGAGGUUUUGGUUGAAACAAAUUCAGAAUGUUUUUCCAAUUCAAGAACAGGUAAGUUUGAUACAACAUCCAAUAUUUCAGGUGAGCAUUCAUACACACGCAGCAGUACUCCAACAUCAGCUACCAAUAUACAGAAAUGGCUCAGUGAUGUUAAGGAAGUCUCUGUUGACAACAAAACCUUAGCAUAUGACCAGAUUAUGAAUGAAGACAAAAGGCUCACUUCAAAUUCUUACCUCCACAAACCUUUUAGCGAGUCAUUGCCAAAACACCAAUUGGAUGUGACAAAAGAUUCAGCUUCAUUGUAUAGUAUAAAGGAUGUUGAUUUGAAAAUAUCAUUGACAGACUCUGAAGAAAAUACAUCUCGAAGAUUUGCUUCAGCAUACAGGUCAAAUGUUGAGGGUAAUAACUUAACUAAGUUGAAAUAUUCCACCCCACCACCUGACUACAGUUUUCAAAGGCCAAUGACUGAAGAACCUGGUAGUUCCAGUGAACUGCACUCCAAAACAUCCUGUAUUGAAAUGAAAUGUUCAUAUCCAAAUGUUGGUCUCCAGACAUCAGACCAACCAGCCACUCAUCUUUUCCCCAGGAGGUCUUGUUUGCAUCAUUCAGAGACAGGACUAAAUACUUAUGAUGAUACCCUGGAGAGCUAUCCAAAGAGAACAUUUAACCAGAGUUUUGCAAAUACAGAGGAACAGGGCAGUGCAAAAAGGAAUAACCAUGACCUUGAGAAUCCUACAGCAAAGAAAGGUAUGAAGUCUGCAUCAGGAAACAGCAGUGACGAUGAUGAUAAAAUUAUAGCUGCUUGGAGAAAUCGUCAAGAAAUCAGAAUGAAGGAUAAAAAAAAGGGCCAAACAGAAUAAACAUAAAAAUUACGCGUACAGUGGAAUUAAUGAAUGAGAAGCUGUGUGAGAAAUUGAAUUGAAGUGCACAACAGAAAUAAAGUAGCCAAUUUUAACAAGCAAUUUAACAACCCCCAGCCCACACCAAAUCUGAUGUGAGCAGUGCAAUGCUGUACAUCAGCAAAAUUAUAAUUUUAAUGAAUAUGUUAUGAUGAUUGUAAGAAACAUAUUUUGCAACCAUGUGGCAAUAAAAUCCAUGUCAAUAUAUACUAUUUGCUUAAAUGAGUACUUCAGUUUACUCUUCAGUAUUUCAUGUCCAGCUUCCACUUUCAAAGAGGUUAUAAGGUGAUUUUAAUUCUCACAGUCUGAGAAAAUACCACUGGGAUGUAACUCAAAUGGAACAUUUCUAUUUCCAGCUGUAUCGAUGAAACUGAGCUUUUAACACUGCUAGUUUGGGGUCGGGGGAGGGGGUAAUGCCAAUGAGGCAGGAGUUUCAUUGAUAGAAUGCAAAUUGGGAUC